AUGUCGUCCAAGCUCACGGCGAAGGAAAGGGGCCGGUGUGUAUUGGCGGAAAUAUUGCAAUAUGAGUGCAGCCUAGAGAAUAAGAAAUCCGCCCUGGUCUGCUAUCCCAUACCUCGAGUCUUCCGCAUGUGUCCUGGGGAACCAGCGGUCGAAAUGAGUUCAUUUUUGAGUCUAGAUAACCAAACAGGAAGUGUGGUCAUUCCGGAGCAUGUGGAUAAAAUCAUACCAAAAGCUAGACCUUGGAGAGAUAUUCGGAAAUUGCGAGGUGAAUAUCGUGAUUCCCCGGUGAGUCAACAAUGA